CCUCUAAAGUCCUGUUCUUUAAUACUACUUGAAAAAAUACAGUAUAUUAAUAACCUUUCUUUUAAGUGUUUAAUGAUUCUCUAAAUCAAGUGUUAGUCUUUGUUUUGCCGAGUGAUAAAGAAGAGUCAACAAAGAGAAGCUAAAAAGUUAUAAACUUGGUCAUUUCUUAUUUGCUUGUGCUGUUUCCUUUGUCCUAGUAAUUUUGUCAGGAGAGAAAGAAAGAGAGGGGGAGAGAGAAAUGGGGACUGUUUCACAUGAUGCAAUCAAUCAGUUCAAGGCAUUGAUGGAUCAAGUUGAGGAGCCAUUGAAGAGAGCUUAUCAGAAUGUCCAUCAAGGAUAUCAUGCUGAAACUCUGGCGCGUUUUCUAAAAGCUAGAGAAUGGAAUCUCAUCAAAGCCCAUAAAAUGUUAGUGGAUUGUUUGCACUGGAGGGUGCAAAAUGAGAUUGACAACAUAUUAACCAAACCCAUAAUUCCAGCUGAUUUGUACAGAGCAGUGCGUGAUUCCCAGCUCAUAGGAAUGUCAGGUUACUCCAGAGAGGGGCUUCCAGUCUUUGCUCAUGGUGUUGGGCUCAGCACAUUUGACAAAGCAUCUGUCCACUACUAUGUGCAGUCACAUAUUCAAAUCAAUGAAUAUCGGGACCGCAUUGUUUUGCCCACUGCAUCAAAGAAGUAUGGGCGACCAAUAACAACCUGCGUGAAGGUUUUGGAUAUGACUGGCUUAAAGCUUUCAGCACUGAACCAAAUAAAGUUGAUGACCAUCAUAUCAACUAUCGAUGACAUGAACUACCCGGAGAAAACAAAUACAUAUUACAUUGUAAAUGCCCCAUAUAUAUUUUCAGCUUGUUGGAAGGUUGUCAAGCCUCUACUACAGGAGAGGACAAGAAAAAAGGUUCAGGUGUUGUCAGGAAACGGGCGAGAUGAGCUAUUGAAGAUAAUGGAUGCUGCAUCUCUUCCACAUUUCUGUAAAAGAGAAGGGUCUGGAUCAUCUCGACACUCAGAGUACGCAAAUGAAAACUGUUUUUCCUUGGAUCAUCCCUUUCAUCAACAGCUAUACAACUACAUCAAGCAGCAAUCAUUAGUGAGUGAACCUACUCAACCAAUCAAACAAGGGUCUGUUCAUGUAGAUCUGCCUGAGCCAGCUGCUGAAGGAACAGAGAUAGUGAAAACAAUUGAAUCUGAGAUGCAUAAGUUAGAGAAUGGAAAUGGACUUUCUGGGUCUCUAGAUGGCCUCAAAAUCAAUGACAACUCAGACUAUAGAACUACGCAUUGCCCGUGAUUUAAGCGGUGGAUCUUAACUCUUGACGUCUGAAGACUUUGUUACAAGUAUACAAUGCAUGUACUAGUAGCCAUCCACGUAAUCUCUACAUGGCAGGGAAAAGCUUUAUACAUGCAUGCAAUCUGAUAUCCUGGCUGGAUAAUCAGUGUAAAGCUUGCCCCAGCCUGACAUGGUGUAGGAAUGCAGCGGAGAAUAGUAAAUUUUAGUUUCUAAGUUUUAAAUUGAUUUUGGUCAUGUAGAGAAACAUCUGUGGCCAUCAUCAAUAUUAACAAGAUUUUCUGGUUGAUAAA